AUGGAUGAUUAUGAGGGCCUGCCAGAGGGGUCGUCUGCUCUAAGCCACAUGGUGGCUGGUACUUGCGCUGGGAUUAUGGAGCAUAGCAUAACAUAUCCCAUUGACUGUGUAAAGACUCGAUUGCAGUGUCUGAGGCCGCCAAGUGGCCAACGCUAUGUCAGUUUAACUGAUGGUUUAUGCCACCUGGUCCGUAACGAGGGCUUGCUGCGGUCGUUCCGCGGAAUUGGGGCUGUUGUCUGCGGUGCUGGUCCAGCACACGCAUUGUACUUUGGCCUCUAUGAGCACAUGAAGUCCCUUCUCAUCCCGCAUACCUAUUUCGGCUCUAAGUCCAACCACGUCUCCCACGCGCUCAGCGGAGUUUGUGCCACUGUCGUCCAUGACGCCGUCAUGACCCCCGCCGAUGCUAUAAAGCAACGGCUGCAGAUGUUCAACAGUCCUUAUCAUAACUCCUGGGAUUGUUUGCGACGAGUUCUUGAGACUGAGGGUCCAGGCUCUCUUUACCGAGCUUACUUCGCCCAACUUUCUACCAACGUGCCCUUCCAGUGCAUCCAUUUUGUGUCUUACGAGUGCCUCCAGAGCAAGCUUAAUCCCUCUAAGGAGUAUCUCCCGUGGACUCACAUCGUUUCCGGCGGAUUGGCUGGUUCAACCGCGGCAGCUAUAACUACCCCAAUGGACGUCUGUAAGACCGUCCUUAAUACUCAAACCCACACAAAUAGAGGAUGCUGUAGUGUUGGCCUUCAUCGUGAGGUCGGUUAUAAGCCAUCCAAGACAGUCAUCCGAAAUGCCUUCACUGCUCUUCGGGUGGUGUUGCAAACUCAAGGCAUCCGUGGCCUCUUCUUGGGCAUAAAUGCUCGUGUCGUGACCACCCUACCGGGUUCAGCCAUCUCCUGGUCUGUUUACGAGUACUUCAAAUGGGUGCUCUCUCACAGGGGAGUCGAGACCCAAGGCACAUCGUCGACGCCCACCGUGGUGGCAAUGGAAUCCACAAGUAACGUCGACUCCCACUCGUACCGCUGA